AUGUACAAACAGAAGUCGCUAGAACUGAGAGACAUCAACUACGUGUAUGAGAACUCAUGGGUCUGGGUUAACAUCAAUUCGAUAAAAAAGAAAAAUGGAAAUUUAUACAAAGAAAUAUUUGAAUAUUACAAAAAUAAGAAUAGAAUAUUCUGUUUUUUCAAAGGAAAAGUAAGACGAUUCGUAUCCAACAGGGACGUAGAAAUAUGCAUCAGCAUAGACGAGAAUUACAACAACUUCAAAAAUAAUAUAAAUUAUAACAUCACUGAAAAUGUAAAAUAUUUAUUACCCAUAGAUAGCAAUUUUGGGUGUAGUGAUAAUACAGAGUUAAUAUAUUUAAAUGCGCCAAAUUUGUUGGAAAAUAUUCGACAGAGAUAUAAUAAGGCGUACUCAAAUGAAGGGAGCAGAGAAUGUAUUUAUACUUACAUUGGGUACAUCCUAUUGUCAGUGAAUCCUUAUGAAAAUUUUAAAAUUUACGAUGAGAGUUAUAUGAAGAAAAUUAAGAAUGAAAAUAAUAUGUUUGCUCUUCCUCACCCUUUUUCCAUUGCCAACGAUGCGUACAAUUGUAUGGUUAAGGAUAAGGUGAGCCAGUCCAUCAUCAUAAGCGGCGAAAGUGGGGCUGGCAAGACGGAGUCGUCGAAGCAGGUACUCAGGUACCUUACCUACUUGAGCGCUUGCCACUCGCGGGAGGAAGGUGGAGGAGUUGCAGAUGCAUUGGAAAAUUGUGACUACCCACGAAAGGGAGCCAUCCCCGGUGGCAGUAACCAGACAUCGGAAAAUGGCGACACUGGGGGUCGUCGCGCUAAAGCACCUGCGAAAGAAGGAAAGGACAAGUUCAAUCCAAAUGUUAGGGACACCUCCAAGAGAGACGAAAUAAACGAAAGAGGAUCCAAAAAUUGUUCCAAAAAUGGUUCCAAAAAUGGUUCCAAAAAUGGUUCCAAAAAUGAUUCCAAAAAUGAUUCCAAAAAUGAUUCCAAAAAUGAUUCCAAAAAUGAUUCCAAAAAUGAUUCCAAAAAUGAUUCCAAAAAUGAUUCCAAAAAUGAUUCCAAAAAUGAUUCCAAAAAUGAUUCCAAAAAUUCUGCAGAAAAGGGGGGGAAACCCGUUCCAUCAGGGGAGACACCCUUCCUCAAUGCUCCCACCACUGCGUCCACGUACACUACCGCAUCUAUUUACAAGACUGCCUCCCCCUCCUCUUAUGAAGAGAAAAUUCAGAACAGCAAUCCCCUGCUGGAAUCGUUCGGAAAUGCAAAGACGAUAAAAAAUGACAACAGCAGUAGGUUCGGAAAAUUGAUGAAGUUAAAUUACGACGAGAAUGGCAUGUUACGGUCAGCGUCCAUCGAAACGUAUCUUCUUGCAAAGUCCAGGGUGGUCGAUGUUCCACCCAUGGAAGGGAAUUACCACAUUUUUUAUUCCUUGUGUGAGAACUCCAAAAUAUGUGAAGAGUUUGAUCUAUUGCCAUGGUACAAGUACAACUAUUUGAAGGCCCAAAAAUAUGCGAACAAAUCAGGUGACAAUUCCUCCAAUGGAAGAGACGAUUCUGAGGGAAAUGAGGAAGUGGAGGAUGGAGAAGAUAUUAACAAAGAUAGUAAAGGGAAGAACAAAAGCAGAAGCAGAGGCAGGAGUCGGAGUAAGCGGAAAAAAAUGGACAAGUCGGACGAAACGGAUAGGGAGGAAGAGGAAAAGGAAGAAGUGGUUAGCAGGAAGAAAAGUAAACUGAAGGGAAAAUUAGGAAACGACUCACACCCCAGUGAUGACAACGGGAAGGUUAAUAAAUGUUUAUACAAUUUAGAUGUCAUUAUGAAGUGUUUUCACAGCAUAGGGGUAUAUGAAGAGGAACAGAAGGAAAUUUACAAAACGCUUAUCUGUAUUUUGCUCCUAGGAAAUGUGGACUUUGUGGUAAACGAGGAGGAGGAAGGAGGGAUGCUCAAAAUAAAGAGUGGAGAGGUUUGUGAAAAGUUGGGAGACCUGCUUCAAAUUAGCAAUGACCAUUCAGGAAAUAGUGGCCAUGGCAACAGUGGGGAGAACAAGAUUGUCGAAAUUUUAACUAUAAAGAAGGUGCGGGAUACACAAAAGAACUACACCUACCAACAAGCCAUCUACAACAGGGAUGUCAUAUCGAAGGCGCUCUAUCAACUCCUGUUCGAGUAUGUGAUCAUGCGCGUUAACGACUCAUUGAAUGUGCGCGAGGGAGAGGAGGAGAUAAAUUACCAAAACGGUGACGACGCACACAUGGAGGGAACGGCCACCGAUGAGGAACACCCUGAUGGGGACUGUGCGGAGUGCGAGAAGGUACAAGAAAAUAUGAAGCCCAACAAGAGGAAAAGGAGCAACCAUAGCGGAGCGCACAGAGAUGGCACUACGCGAAGAAGCGGUAACAGGACCUACUUCAUAGGCAUUUUAGACAUUUACGGAUUUGAAAAUUUCGCGAAAGAAGGCAUGAAUUGCUUUGAACAGCUGUGCAUAAAUUACGCAAACGAAGUUCUACACGCUUUUUUUUUAAAACAAAUAAUUCACAAUGAACACAAAAUACAUUAUGAAGAAAAUUUGUUUCUCGAGAAAAUACCUUACAAUGAUAAUAGAAAUGUGAUAUCCCUCAUAGGUGACACUAGAGAUGUGAGCAUCUACACCAUACUGGAAGAUUUGUCCUUGCUAUUUUCAUCAAAUAAGUCGAACGAAGAGAGUAAUAAAAAUUUGUUUUUCGAAAAGUUAAGUAAAAAUGUUAUUAACUCAGCCAAGUACAAAAAUAUCGUGCGGAAUUAUAAAGCGUCCAGGAACUGCUUCAUCAUUUCGCACUACGCAGGAGAAGUACUCUACGACUCCCACGAUUUUUUUAACAAAAAUGUAGACAUUCUUACGAACGAUAUUGAAGAUUUUUUAUCAAGCUGCAAUUCCUUCAUAAGGACGAAUUUGCUUAAAAGGAGGAGAUUUGUGUGUGCUAAGAGUAGCACACAGGGGAAUCCUCCUAAGAGCAGUGGUAGAAUGGCGGAGCUGAAAAUUCAGGAAGAGGCAAAAUCAAGCAGGAGAAAAUUGUCCGUGAAGGAAAUGAUAUCCCACCAUGAGAUUGAGUCCAGGGGAAUUCUUCCUGUACAUAUCCAGGGGGAUGAUCCAUAUAUGAGUGAUGACGACGAAGAAGGAGGCGAAGUAGAGCGGAACCAUCGACAUAGCGUUCGCAAUGGAAGGAAGUCCAACAACAUUCUUACGUAUCACACAGGACGAAAAAACAAAGUGAAGAGUAUCUUCUCCUCAUUCAAAAACCAGCUGGAAAUUCUGACGAACAAACUAGAUAAGACGGCUUCUAAAUUUAUCAGAUGUAUAAAACCAAAUGAGGAAAAGAAGGCCAAAUUUUUUAAUAAAAAUUUGGUGUUGAAUCAGCUAAUAAUGAGCGGAAUGGUGGAUGUUCUGAGCUUGAUGAAAAAUGGAUACCCUUGCAGAGUGCUCUACGAUGAUAUAUGGAUUACUUAUAGUUACAUUUUGCAGGACGAAAUGAAAUCCUUCCUUACCCCCAAAAUGUUUUGCGAAAUAGUACUAAAAUUUUUAGACAUUCCUUCUAACGAAUACACAUUUGGAAGAACGAAAGUUUUUUUCCGCUUUGGUGUUUUAUCCAGCAUAAAUGAAAUAUUAAAUAAAAAUUUGGAGAAAAAAAAUAAAUUUAUCGACUGUGUGUAUAAUUUCUGGCUACAUAAAAGGAAGCAAAAAAUCUUGAAGUUUGUUCUCUGUGGAUGCAGGUUUAAAAUGCUAAUAAAAAGGAUGAGAGCUAAACGUUUAAUGGAGCAUGGACUCUAUUAUUAUAAUAAUUUUUUACAACAGAAGAAGAGGCAAAGUCUUAGAAAAAUCCUGUUCUACUACUUUUAUGUGUAUAAACAGAGAAUCUACUUUCUGCAAUUGAGGAACAGCUCCCUCAUCAUUCAGAAGCACAUUCGGGGAUACCUCGCGCGGAAAAAAUAUUUACACAUAAGAAGACAAAUCCUUUUUAUACAGGAUUAUUAUAUAUUUCAAGGGUACUUUAAGCAAAGAGUUACAGCUUCAAACAUUAUUAGGAAAAAUUGGCUUACUUAUAUUACGAAAUCUGACUAUCACUAUGUUCGUAUGAGCAUUAUAAAAAUCCAGAGGGCCUUUCGAAGGUACAUGAAGGGGAAAUAUAUAAACUACUGCUUGAAGGUUGUCAAUGUUAAAAAGCAGCCCAAGCGCACGUACAGUGCAUUUGUGAAAAGUGAGAUUGAUGAGGGGAGAAAAUUGAAGGUGGGGGCACAGCGGACGACUCAGAAGGAACUUGGAAAAGGGGUGAAGCACGAGAGAGCUCGUGAUCGACAGCUGAGGAAACGACUCUUCCAGGAGGAGGACCGCAUAGGUUCCUUCAUCUGCGUCGAGAAGACCAACCGCAGGCAUUCCUUCGCGAUGGGCCAAAAGUUCGACACCUCCUCUAGCCUGAGGAGCAUCCUCAAAAGAAGAAAAACAUGGGGCGCACGGGAAAGCGCCUCAAUGUAUGACUACAACAGAAAGAGUUAUAGACACGCCCAGCCAAAUUAUAUGGAUAGAGUUAUUUCGAAGCAUAGCAGAAGCCAUAUAAGCACAGGGACUGCCUUGAAAAAGAAGGUUACAGGAAGUUACAAGCAGGAGAAACCAUUUAUCAGUGUUGGAUAUAUAGGGAUUAACGGAAAGGGCCAAAUAAAAGGUCAUAGUAGCGACAUCUCUGGUAAUGCUAGUCAGGGCAAAAACGGCAUGAAAAGAAAAAUGUACAAUGACGAAAAUCGGAAAAACGACUUCCCCUCGAGUUCCAAGAAGGAAAAAAACAAGGUCUCCAAUUUUUUGAAGAACACCAUAUAUGACAGAUACAUCACCAAGUACAAGCAGAAUUACACGAUCAAACAAAAGGAUAAGAAGAAGAAAUCCAUUUACAUAAAAAACAAUUAUAGUAACAUCAGCAACAUAUACAGCGUUUAUAGACCUUCACGGGAUGAGGAGGUGGAUGAACAGUAUGACUUCGAUCGCACAGACGCGCUCAUCAUUCCGGAGGAUUUCUACGUGAGCGAGUCGAACAUCCCCGAUCCAGACAUGAUGCAGGAAAAUGAUGAAAAUUACCUAUUGUUUUGUGAUUACCUGGACAACAAUUUGGAUUCGAAGAUCCCCCUAAUAGAGCUAAGUGUUUUCAAAUGUGCAUGA